AUGGCGGCGGCCGCCUCCUCGUCGCCCGCCGCCUCCUCCGACGCCGCCGAGUGCUCGCUGCUCGGAGGGCCCUUCGCCAUCUGCGUACAGAUAGGCCUCGCCGCCGCAGCGAUUGCCACCCUCGUCGUGAAGCGACACACAGAGCGGCCGCGACGGCCGUGGCUGGCCUUUGCGGGCUUCUUGCAGCACUGCGUAAACCUCGUCUUUGGCGUCGCCUUUGCGGCGUCGGGCGCCGCCUCAGAGUGCGCGUGGUACCUCACCAACUUUGUCAUCUCGGUCGUGUGUGGCGUGCUGCUGCUCAACCUCGCCAUGGCGGGCUACAACCGGUCCCCAGUGCAGCGCACGCACAACCGCUCGCCGCCGCUCCGGGCAGGCAAGCCGCCGAGCUGGAGGCCGUGGCUGAUGCAGAUGCUCGUGUGGGGCUUCUUGGCGUCGGUCGUGACCGCGGUCAUCGUCAUCCUGCCGCUGCAUUCGGCGCUGGGCCUGCGGCGCGCGCGCUCCCUAAUAGAGGCGCCAGUCUACCACUACCCGAAGGCGGGGCUCUCUAGAUACUUCAUGCCCGCUUCCUCACCGCCGCCCUCGUGA